AUUAUUUUCUAGUUACUUACGUAAUUUAGUAUAAAUAACUUCAAUCUCAUCAACAAUUCAUCAUCAAUCGAGCAAAAAACAAAAGCUAAGAACAAAAUAAAAUGGCUGCAUCUAAGCGAUUAGGUCUCUCUUGCUUGUUCUUAGUGUUGUUGCUAGCUGAAGCCAAUGCACAAGGCUUGAAAGUAGGUUUCUACGGCAAAACAUGCCCCAAAGCCGAGGGUAUUGUUAAAAAGGUCGUUUUCGCUGCGAUGAAGAAAGCACCUACGGUUGGUGCUCCUUUGCUUCGAAUGUUCUUCCACGACUGCUUCGUUCGGGGAUGUGACGGAUCAGUUCUGUUGGAGCUAUCGAACAAUCAAGCUGAGAAGAAUGCAGUUCCUAACCUAAGCCUUCGAGGGUUUGGAAUCAUAGACGAUUCCAAGGCGGCUCUAGAGAAAGUGUGUCCGGGCAUUGUUUCUUGCUCUGAUAUCCUAGCCCUUGUCGCUAGGGACGCAAUGGUUGCACUUGAAGGACCAUCGUGGGAAGUUGAAACGGGAAGAAGAGACGGUAGGGUUUCUAAUAUCAAUGAGGUCAACUUGCCAUCACCUUUCGACAACAUCGCCAAGCUUAUUACCGAUUUUCGCUCAAAGGGACUCAACGAGAAAGACCUAGUCGUUCUUUCAGGUGGACACACUAUUGGAAUGGGACAUUGUCCUCUAAUGACAAACCGGCUUUACAACUUCACCGGAAGAGGAGACAGUGACCCAAGUCUGGACUCGGAGUACGCCACUAACCUCAGGAAGAAAUGCAAGCCGACCGAUACCACGACCGCUCUAGAGAUGGAUCCAGGAAGUUUCAAGACAUUCGACGUGAGCUACUUCACGCUAGUGGCCAAGAGAAGAGGGCUUUUCCAAUCCGAUGCUGCUCUAUUGGACAACUCAAAGACAAGGGCUUAUGUCUUGCAGCAGGCAAGAACUCAUGGGUCAACCUUCUUCCAUGACUUUGGUGUCUCCAUGGUCAAAAUGGGUCGGAUCGGAGUUCUUACGGGUCGGGCCGGGGAGAUCCGUAAGAUGUGUCGCGUUCCUAAUUAAGAGUUUGAAAAAAAUGAAAAUAUCUCUCGCAGAGUUUGAUUCUUGUGGUUUGCUUCUUCUUUUUUUAAGACGUUGUGAUUGUUUUCUUGGAAAUAUGCUGUAUUUAAUUUCUCAAACAAAUAAGCCUGUAACAUUUUUCAAUUAAAAGAAAUUAUUUGAUAGUAUUCAACGGUACUUUGUCAUGAUCUUCAA